GUAUCAUCAGCAUGCUAGCAAUCAUUUGAUACAACGCACGCACUCUAGAACGUCGCCAACACUUCAGUGGUGCUCUUGUGUGAGAGAAUAACAUUAACAUACAUCAGACAGCUAACUUGGAGAAUGGGACGUGCUUUCAUGAUAGCUGUCAUGACAAGAUGUGCUGUCAUGCUGGCUGUCAUGUCAGGCUUUUUGUUGACUGUGUCAGGUCAGGAACAAGUUACCGCUGCAGCGCCGUGUACAGACCCGACGUGCACAGAGAGCAACACGCCACCACCACAAACGUGUGCAAACUGCGUGUACCCGCCUUUUGACCAGACCAAGUGCUACCAAAACCCUGACCCAAAUGCCCAGUACCCAGCGUGCUGCAACCCGCAGAUCAUCUGCCAAGGCGAAACUGGCUUCGACACCACGCAAAUCCUUGGCAUGGUCAACGCAGCAGCUAACGUUGGGAGCGUUCUACAGGGAGCCGGGAGUGUCAUCGCAAGUCUGAAACAACCGGCCGGAAACCCGGCAUCUGUUAAGCCGGCCGGAAACCCGGCGCCAGCUAAGCCGGCCGGAAACACGGCGCCUGCUAAUCAAGCGAUAAAACCAGCGGCUGCUCAGCCGUUGGGCAAUGCGGCGCCAGCGAAGCCGGCCGGAAACACGGCGCCUGCUAACUCAGUGUUCAAACCAGCGGUUCUUCAGCCGUUGGGAAAUGCGGCGCCUGCUAACUCAGUGUUCAAACCAGCGGUUCUUCAGCCUUUGGGACAUGCGGCGCCUUCUUUUUCGGCUGCUAAACCCCUUGGAAAUCAGGCGCCUUCUUUUCCGGCUCUUAAACCGGCUGGAAAUCCGGCGCCUGCUAAGCCAAUUGCUGCGCCAAAGCCUGCUAUAAAGCCGAUAAAGGGAUAAUACAACAAUUGUCGAUUUAGGAUAGAAGAUAGUUGUUUGGAUGUAUUCAGAGUAGUAACUUGUGUUGAUCAACGGAUUUCAACGGGAGGGGAAAUAAUGGGACAUAAUCAAGGAUAAAAUGGGUAAAACAAGAAAAAAAGAAAAGAUAGCCUAUAUUUUGGUAAAUAACAAGGAAUCAGAACAAGAAUUGAUGUAAUACAGAUAACUUAGAAAU